UAAUGUUUUUAAGCCUGAGAGCUAAAAUCUUUGUACAGCUGUAUUUUGACUGAGUCUGAUCCCGAUAGAUGGCUGGCAGCUGCUCAUGGAAAAUGGACUUAAACCCAUGAAUGGUUACUCUUCUACAGAGUUGGAUGGAAUGCCAUGGCUUUAGAGCAGUUCUCAUAGGACCUUCUUUUUUGCCUUGCACCCAUCAUAUCCUUAAAUAUUUAACUGUAAACAAUUGCAAUUAUAAAGUUUAAAAAAUAAUGGCAUGGGUAAAAUUCUUAAGGAAACCUGGAGGUAACCUUGGAAAAGUUUAUCAGCCUGGAAGUAUACUGUCCCUGGCCCCUACCAAAGGCUUGUUAAAUGAACCUGGACAAAACAGCUGCUUUCUUAAUAGUGCUGUGCAGGUGUUAUGGCAACUUGACAUAUUUCGCCGAAGUUUAAGAGGUUUAACUGGACAUGUGUGUCAGGGAGAUGCCUGCAUAUUUUGUGCUUUAAAGGCAAUAUUUUCCCAAUUCCAACACAGUCGAGAGAAAGCACUCCCGUCAGAUAAUAUGAGACAUGCCCUGGCAGAAAGUUUUAAGGAUGAACAGCGUUUCCAGCUUGGAUUCAUGGAUGAUGCAGCAGAAUGCUUUGAAAAUAUCCUUGAGAGGAUUCAUUUUCACUUAGUGCCAAACAGUGAAACAGAUAUGUGCACUUCAAAAUCCUGUAUUUCUCACCAGAAGUUUGCUAUGACAUUGUACGAACAGUGUGUAUGUCGCAGCUGUGGAGCAUCAUCAGACCCGUUGCCUUUUACAGAAUUUGUGCGUUACAUUUCUACCACAGCCCUGUGUAAUGAAGUAGAAAGAAUGAUGGAGAGGCAUGAACGUCUCAAGCCAGAAAUGUUUGCAGAAUUGCUGCAGGCAGCAAAUACUGCUGAUGACUACAGAAAGUGUCCUAGUAACUGUGGUCAAAAAAUAAAAAUCCGUCGUGUUCUUAUGAAUUGUCCUGAGAUAGUCACAAUUGGCUUGGUCUGGGAUUCAGAGCAUUCUGACCUGACAGAAGAGGUCAUGCGGAAUCUGGCAACACAGCUUUAUCUUCCUGGGCUGUUUUAUAGGGUUACAGAUGAAAAUGCCAAAAAUAGUGAACUUUUUCUUGUGGGAAUGAUUUGCUACACAAGCCGACAUUACUGUGCCUUUGCCUUUCACACCAAGAGUUGCAAAUGGGUGCUGUUUGAUGAUGCUAAUGUAAAAGAGAUUGGAACAAAAUGGAAAGAUGUAGUCUCAAGGUGCAUUCGGUGUCACUUUCAGCCAUUGUUGCUCUUUUAUGCUAACCCAGAUGGCACAGCUGUAUCUCCAGAAGAUGCUCCAAAGCAGAUUAUUCACUGGUCUCAAUGUAAAGCAGCAGGAGGAAAUGGGGAAGACUUGGGAUUUGAAAAACCGGCUGUUCUGAAGUCAGACCACAUGAAAGAGAAUGGAAUUGGAGACUCCACUAAUCAAAGGAGUAAUAAAAAACUUCAGCCAGAUAAUUCAGCAUUCAGUAGAAGCCACAUUCAGGCUAGUGGUGGUAGAGGGCCAGCUAAGUUAUGCUACAGCGAUCAAAAGGACAGGCUAAAAGACCUAUCCAGAGAGUGUGCUCAGAAAGCUGCUGAUAUGAAAAGCUUCUCGUCUUUGCGAAAAGAUGCAGACAGAGGACCAAGAAAAGAGUCUGGGAGACAAAGAGAUUUGGUUGGGGAAGAUCGUUCCAGUGUCAAGUCAGGGUCUCCUCCAGUUGGAAACGGAUUUAGACACUGUGCUGAUCAACGCAUAUACAGCAGCCAGGGGAAAGGCUCCUAUAAGCACGACAGUGCCCCUCACCAGGCAAAGCUUUCUGCACAGGGGCUUGGAUCACACAAACCAGAAGCUUUUCCUGCUGGGGAGAAACCAGUGAUCAGGACUCGGACUGAUGGUGUCACUGGCUAUGAAACAGAUGCCAGUCAAGACUCAAGGGACAAAGGAAGUACCAGCAGCAGAAGCAGAAGUAAAGGUUGGAAACCAAUGCGAGAGACACUAAAUGUAGACAGCAUUUUCAGUGAGACUGAGAAAAAACAGCAUAGCCCAAAGCACAAGGCAAAUCCCAGCAGUAAAUCUAAGCAUGAAAAGGAGCGAAGUUUUAAUCAUUGGCCAAAGGAGAACUAUAUUCAGAAAGGUUUAAUGACUAUAUAUGAAGAUGAAACUAAGCAGGAUACAGGAAGUCGAAGCUCACUGGAUUCAGAGGGCAAAGGGAAUGCUGAAAAAAGCAAAGGAUUUACAGAGAGGAAAGUUCAUGGCGAUAACUGGCAAAUUCAGAGGACAGAAUCUGGGUAUGAAAGCAGUGACCAUAUCAGCAAUGGAUCUGCAAAUCCAGACUCGCCUGUUAUUGAAGGAAUCAUUCCAGCAGAUGUCAAGAACAUUAAAGAAAGUGCUUCCUGCAGUGAACAGAGCUUGUCAACCAAAAAAGCUGACGGUGUGUUGCAUUCAGUAUCCCAGCAAAACAGAAACUUUUAUGACCUGAGGAAAGACCUGAUCAGUUCAGAAGUUAACUACAGACCUCAUGUUAAUUUCCCAGCAGAAUUACAUGUGCAGGUGCCCAGUCCUCCAGUGAAAAGAGUUGAGAUGCCUGACACCAGCAGGAAACUUUUCCCAUCAUCAGCUCUACAGCCAGUUCUUAAAGAGAUUAUUAAGUCAGAAAGUAGGAGUAAGGUAAAUGAAGAGAAUUCUUCAGAGUGGCUCAAUCCAGACAAAUCUGAGAAGAUGAAUAUGUCAGUUUAUAGCACUGAUGGCGUUUCCCAGCCCUAUGCAGAUAUUCUCUGUGGAAGGAAGCCAAUCAACAGUGACCCUCACUCCUCUUCCCAGCCACAGCCUCAUCAUGCAAGAACAUUUGGUCCCAAGAUGGGGUUACCACCAUGUGUGCCACAGAACCUGUCAGAAAGGCCUGUGGUACUUCCCCCUCCUGGUGAGCAUGCUGGGCACCCACCCCAAAGGGUGGAUGCUCUUUGGGUGCCUGAAGCGGUGUACCAGAAUCUUCCUCCCCCUUUACCACCGAAGAAAUAUGCCCUGAAUACUUUCCCAGGAUCAGAAAAUAACUCGGCAGCUGAUGUGAAAUCGACAGAAGUGUUGCACAAUAACCCGCUGAGGCAAACAGGGGCACCUCUGAAAUCUGCAUCAGAAGCAGGCAUAUUUACAAAUGAACAAAGACUUAAAGAGCCAUUGCAAGGGAAUGAGCUGUUUGUUCACAAACCGGAUUCUCCGCCUCGCUUACCAGUUAAUGACUUUUGGACAGUGUCUGAAAACUUUCUAAAGAAAGGACCUCGGCAUAUGGGACCAAGUCCUGGCUGUGUGGAUGGAAAUGAUAGUGUAGCCCUAACGACUUAUUUUUCAGUAGAUAGUUGUAUGACUGACACGUACAGGAUGAAAUAUCAUCAGAAACCCAAGCUGUAUUUUACAGAUAGUGGAAACUUUCACAAGGAAAAGCAUCCUCCAUCAGCUGGAGAACUGACUGCAACAUACCAUGCUCCUGAGCCCAGGCAUCCCGUGCCUGAGCAAAGGUACAAGGCAAACAUUGAAGGCAUCCACUGCAGUAGAUGAAUUCUUCAAAUCCCGUAAAACCCAGAUGUUACUUUUGCAUUUCAUGUAGUCUGUAAAUGGGCCCAAACUCUGAGCCUCUGUGUGAUAACAAGGUACCCAGUUGACAGUACUUGUCUUAGGAGUUAGGACUGUUUAAAUGAAUAUGCAAACAGAGGUGAACAGAGGAGAAGAGGUGCUAAACUUGUGGUUCUUUGAUUUGUUACUCGAGUUGCCUUAAUGCUUACCUCUGUUACCCAGCUUGUCUUCUACAGCUUGCAUUAAAAAUGGUCCCUUUGGGCAUAUGCAUCUUCAGCAGUGGGAUCAGCUAGAUGUUACUGAUUUUCUAAGAAGAUUCAGUUACAGUUUAAAAAGUGUUCCUUCAGAUUGUGGUCACUACAUACCUAGCCUAACAAAAGGGAUAAACAUACUACCACAUGUAAUGCAAUAAAUAUAGUUGUAAUAGAGCAAUAUUUGUCCCAAUAGGUAGCAGGAGGUGACUUUUUUUUUUUCCUUCUUCUUUUUCAACUGACUUCUCUGAGAGUCUGUGCUUUCACAAGCAGCCUUCAAGUGUCUUUAAUACAAGUUUACCCAGAGAAUUUCUAACUUUUUAUUUGAAAAGCCUUAAUAAUAAUAAUAAUAAUUUAAAAAGGGUUCUGGUUUGCAAAUGUUAACUUAUUUCAGAGAGAAUUCAAGUAAGCUGCAGUAAUAGUCUAUCCUACUAACAUACCUGUUGUAUGCUGGUGUACAUUUUUCAGCACAUUUAUCAGAUCUGUUCACCCUAUAAAACCUCCUACAAUUAAAUGUAACCACAUAAACUACGAACUGAUAGAGCAGGAUAGGACGCUCAUUUUAAAAUAGAGUUAUCAUGCAACUAGGAAAGAUUAAUUUUGCAAGGUAUUAGAUAUAUUUACUGCUUAUGUUCAGUUCUGAUUUGAUCUGCAAAUGCAUGCAAAGUCAAUGCUGCUAUUGACCUUCCUGUCUUUUGCCGGCUAUGAGCAAUGCUUAAUGGGGAUCAGAUUUUACUGACAACAGUUUCUGAUUUGGAGCAGUCCUGCACACAUUCUGAAUGAGCAGAUCAGGCUGGGUGAAGCUGCAGCCAUUCAGGCUGUGGUGGCUGAGGGGGCAUGUAAAAAAGAGGUUCCUCUCUUCCUCUGCUCUAGCACUGCCCUGCAGUUUCGACAGCUCUGGAAUUUACCACAUCAUUCGUUAACCUCAGUUUCAGUAACCAAGAGGAGGAUUUAUUUGGCUUUUAUUGGAUGAGUUAAAUCAGUGCACAGGAACUAUCUACCAAGCACUGAUAGCCAGUACAUGGCCUACAGAGGGCUGGGGAGGAAAGAGAAGAGGAUUUCACCAGGAUGGCAGCCCUGAGUGCUUGAAAGGAGCAACUGUGUCUUGUGUUGUCAACGGCAGGGAGUUGUUUCAGUCUUAUCCUAACAUUGAACAAUGUGUAAUUAGAAUUCAUGUCAGCAAAGUUUGACACAAUCCAAAAAGGCUAAAUUUUGCCAUUAUUCACCCUUGAGUGUUAACUUGAGGUGCUGCUGAUUUACAUCUAAAGAUCAAUGCCUUUUAGUUAUGAAAAUAAUGCAAGAAGGUUAAAUACGCAUAAAAAACACUCAUGCUUGUACUUGCACUGUUUAGUCAGAAAGGCUUUUUUAUGUUUCUAAACCUUACAUGAGUUUUAGUGCUUCAACCAAAUGUUGGCAAUUGUUUAGCAGUUAUCCAAGGUAUACAUUUAAACAGUGGUUUGGGUUUUAAAACUACAUGUAAUUUACAGUAGAACUGGAAGAUGAUAUAUGCAACCAGAGGAAUUUUACUUCUACCUUCUUGGUCAAAAUUUGUUGUAGCACUUCUUAAAAAACCAGUUCUGUAAUUUGUAGGGCAAAUAACUAUGCAUGUUUAAGUGUGGCUGCUGGUGAACAGCAACUCGGAUUUAUCCUUUAGUAAGCAAAUCAGCUGAAUAGAGAAAGAACCCUGCAAAUGGAAGAUUCCUGAUGGCAAUAUUUUUGAGGUAUUUCAGAACCUGUAAAUUUAACUUUUCUAGGUCAUCUAGCGAUGUUACACAAUAUGCACAGCUAGUGAAUUAAAACUGUUGUCUAAUACUUGUUUAAGAAAACAAAGACUAUUGGAAUUUGUAAAUAAUGUAUGAUUUGUAAGAUGUUUUGCAAAGACCUUGUAUUUGAAAUGACAGUAUUUUUAUGGAUGAAUAGCACAGCGACAACUGUGAAUGAUAGUAGGCCACUUAUUUUUAAACCUGCAUAGCAAUGUUGAUACUUCUGUCCAAGGAGCAAUAUGAAUGCCUAUUACUGAUACCAAUGAAUCUGGCUUACAGUAGGCACAACUGGUAAACUUAUUUUUUAAGUAGCUGCAGUAACUUAGAUGUACUUGAGUCUCCUUGCUUUGCUUGAAACGAUCUUACCAGACAUCUUCCUAUGUGCCCCAUGUUUACCAGGUAUUUAACUAAAUAGACAGCUAAUCAAGGCACCUUCUUUUUUAUAUUUGACUCUGCACUCCAUGUAUGUAUGUAAUAUUUUCAAACUAAUAUGUGGUAACUUGUUUUAAUUUACCUAGGGUGCCUAUUUAUUUUUUUUAUAAAUGUCCUCUUCCAACUAUAGAUUUGUAUCAGAGCCUAGACAAUUUUUGUAACAGUAAAGACAUUAACAAGUCUUGUAAUUAAUAUAUUUUUCAGUCUUUAGAAAUUAUUUUCCUGCAAAGUUCUGCUUGUCCAAACUCUCAGAUAAAAAUGUAAAAUACCUUUUUGUCUGCUGUUCUUUUUGUACUCCACAUUUUUCUGAAGAAGUGGGCUUUCCAGAAGGACAAACUGACAGGUAAUGUUGCUGCUAAUGGUUGCAAAUUUUGCAGAGAUGGUAGUUGUUACUUCCUUGAUCAGUAAAACUCAUCUUCUGAAGUACUUGUUUAU